AUGGCAUCAAAAUAUCCAGUUGAGGAACUGGCAAAAUCUCAUAAACGUUUUGAAGAUUUUAAACAUGAAUCCGGCCAAAUGUUAUUACCAAUUCAAGGCUAUGCUGAUUUACCAUUAUUGUCAUUAGAAGAUGCUGUUAAACCCAUAGAACCAUUUAUAAACAAUAUUAAACAUCAAGUAUGGAUUGCAAAAAAUAAGUGUAAAUUACCAUAUCCAAAUGGCUUGACACAUGAUGAAUCGGCAGCUAUUGUCCUCUAUACAAUGGAAUGGAAAACAGAAAAUGGAAGUGUUUAUCGUGUGCUUAAUGAUAUUUUACGUACCGAAGAUCGUGAACAAGUAAAACCGUUCUAUUCAUAUUUAAAACUUAUCCUAAGUGGCCUUUGGAAAUUACCACCGGUUAGUAAAAUGGUAUUUCGUGGUAUAAACUUUGAUUUAACUGAUAAAUAUGAGGUAAAUAAAACAUAUACUUGGUGGGGUUUCAGUUCGACAACUGAGACAUUGGCACAGACAAAACAGUUUUUAGGUGAAACAGGUCAUGCACGUACAUUAUUGAAUAUUGAAUGUUUAAAUGGUAAAAUGAUUAAAGAUCAUUCGUGUUUUAGCUCUGAACGUGAAGUACUUUUAUUACCAGCUCUGCAUUUUGAGGUUGUAAGCAAAUUAAGUCCAUCACCCGAUAUACAUAUUUUACAACUGAGAGAAAUUGUACCUUAUUGUCCAUUAUUAGAACCACCAUUCAACUCGUCGUCAUUGCCGAUUCAGCCGACAACAACAAAGUCAUAUUUAUCCUCUAUUUCUCCGACAGUACCGUAUCCUUCAUCCCGCUCUCAUUCUCCAAGGGCUAAUGGCUCGUAUAAUCCACAAUCACGUCAAACCUUCCACGAGAGACGUUUAAACGACGAACGCCAACGGAAUCGAGAUGUCGCAUUGGCAAAUUUUCAAAAUAAUCAAUUGACGGAUAACGAUUUACAACGAGUGAUUUUGGAUGAAUUAAAAACAAAUAAUUUAUGGACAGAAAUACGUUUAUCACAAAAUAAAAUCACUGGACGCGGUGCACAAAAUUUAUGCCAAAUAUUAGAAAACAAUAAAACAAUAAAAAGGUUGACAAUAUGGGAUAAUCCAUUAACCGACAAGGGUGCAAACUCAUUUGCUAAUUUACUUAAGACUAAUCAAACAUUGGUAUGUUUAUCAUUGGGUGGAACACAAAUAACCGAUAACGGAAUUAUUGAUCUUGCUCGUAUGUUAAAAUCGAAUGAAACAUUACAAGAGCUACAUGUUGAUGAUAAUGAAAUAACUGAUCGAGGUAUGAUUGUUUUAGCAGAAUCAUUAAAAAGAAAUGUGAGUUUACAAUGGUUAGAUGCUAAACAAAAUAAAAUAUCGGAUAAAUCUGUAUCUGCUCUUAUUGAUAUGUUAACCGAAAAUGAUACAAUGUCCACAUUAAAUCUAGAUCGGAAUGGCAUAUCAGAAAAAGGUAAAAAUAAAUUACAAGAAGCAACGAAUAGAAAUCGUACAGUGAAAACAUUGUUAAUCAAUGAUCAAAAAUCAUGUAGAGUACAAUAG